AAGCCUUCAAUAAGAAAAAAAAAAGUGUUAGGAAGAAGAGGUGUUACGAGGAAAAAACACGAGAAGAAGCAGGUGCGAGAAGGAAAAACUUUUAGUAUUACUGCCAGUAACGACAACCAAAAUAAGGACUACAAGAAGAAAACAAGGGAAGAAGAAAAAACAAGAAGAAACAGUUACUCAAGAACCACCAAAAUCUUUUUCCUGUUAGCGACAAACAACUUGUUUUAUUUGAGUCUCAUAACAGCGGGAUCAAGAUGGUACGAGUAUGUUGUGUACCAGAAUGUUCGACAGGGAAGACAGCACCAUCGCAUAAAUUCCCACGAAAUGCUGAACGUAGGCUACAAUGGUUCAAGAAUUUGAAAAUGGAGCCAGUGGAGGGAUCUGAGGAGAAAAAGUUACGAGUAUGCUACAACCAUUUUAGGGACAGCGAUUACAACUGCUCUUUCAAGUUGCGUGUCUUACUGAGCGAUGCUGUCCCCUCGAUUAAUGUGCCAUCAAACGACGAGACGUGCCAUUUGAUGCAAAAUAAUGUGGAAACUGCAUCAGACGUAGCGCAAGAAAUGCAAGAAGGGACAGGAAAGACAUAUAUUAAUGAGAAAAAUGCACAAUUGGACGAGUUAGAAGCAGUACAGCAGAGACUUACGUUAGCAGAAUUACGUUACAACACAACGAAACAUUGUUGCUGCAUGAGGAAACAUUAAUGCGGCAACAGGAACAUAUAUUAGAGAACCAGGAAGAAAUUAAAAAAUCGGCGCAAGAAAUAGCGACCCUACGAAACAAAGUGGAUAAGUUAAUGGAAUUGACAUAACAAAAAAACUGGAGCCGACCUGAUCUUCAAGAGCAUAAGCGGAAAAAUGCCUUGUCUCCAAUAGCAAGAAGAUUGUAUGAAAGCACCAUCAAAUUGAAGAGGAAUAAAAGACGUCUGAAAAGGUUAUGCAACAUAUAUAAGUAGGCAAGCCAAGAGAAAACUGUUUGUUUGUGCACUACGAAGCGUAGAAACAGGGUGGACAACAGUGCAAAGAUACGGCAACAAUUCGUGAAUAUGAUCAUUAAGAAUAAUGAUGUAGCACCACAGGUAAAACUUUAAUUC